AUGAAAUCCGUGGUAAUGGCAACAUUGGCAAGGGUGGUGGUGCGAAGGCGGCGCCAAAUGUCCACGUACUCCAUGGUGGCCGCCGGCCUGAGGCUGCCACGAAUCUUGGAUCAAGGCCUGGUUGGGGAUGGCCUCGCAGACAAGGCGGCUGUUGUGGCGGCGGCGAGGGACAAGGGCGACCAGGGCCGGAGCAAGCUCGAAGAUGGAGGAGCCCUGAAGCCAAUGAUCGGUCCAGAAUUUGCAGGCGCGUCCGUCACCCAAAAUCCAGGAAGUGGAGGAUCAAAAGAUUUGCUUGACCUCAGGCUCGCAGUGUGGAGGAAGAUGGUGCUAAGGGCGUUUAGGGCCAGUCUCUUGGAGCCACAGCCAGAGCACCCGAAGAGCAAUGCCGAACCUGCCCAAGUUCGUGGUAAAACUGUAUAUAUCCAGUAUUCAAAUCGGCAAGAAAUAACAAACAAUAAAGGCACUGGUGAUUCUUCUGGCAAUGUCCUGCUUGUCACCUUUGAAGGUGUCCAGCCUAAUGAUGUUAGCAUAGAUGUUAUCCAUUUGGUAUUUUCUGCUUUUGGGUUUGUUCACAAGAUAGCAACGUUUGAGAAAGCCGCUGGUUUCCAGGCACUUAUCCAAUAUACUGAUGCUCCAACUGCUCUAGAGGCAAAAAAUUCGUUAGAUGGAAGAAGCAUACCGAGGUAUCUACUGGCUGAACACGUCAGCAUUUGUCACCUCCGCAUAACAUUUUCUGCGCACAAAGAUUUGAAUAUUAAAUUUCAAUCACAUCGCAGCAGGGAUUACACAAAUCCUUAUCUUCCUGUUAAUCCAACUGCAAUCGAGGGAAUCGCACAGCCCAUAUUAGGCUCUGAUGGGAAGAUUAAGGAGCCAGAGAGCAAUGUACUUUUAGCAUCAAUCGAGAACAUGCAGUAUGCUGUGGGAGUGGAUGUUCUACACACUGUGUUCUCUUCUUUUGGUGCUGUCCGAAAGAUUGCAAUGUUCGAGAAGAAUGGUGGAAUGCAGGCUCUAAUUCAGUAUCCAGAAGUACUGCUAGAGCUAACAGAGUCCGUAUUCGCAGAUAUAACAACAGCAGGAGUUGCUAAACAAGCUCUGGAGGGACAUUGCAUAUAUGAUGGUGGUUACUGUAAGCUUCAUCUGUCAUACUCUCGUCAUACUGAUCUGAAUGUGAAGGCACAUGACGAGAGAAGCAGAGAUUACACCGUCUCGGAUCCUAGUGCUCAGGUACAAGCUGCAGGUCAAGCCCCUGGUCUAAGCACAACUGGAGCAGCAUGGCAAAGCACCACGCCUGCUGCUUUUUAUGGAAGCUCAGCAGGAGCGACCUCUAUCGGACAAGUGCCAGCCUGGAAUCCUAACAUGCAGCGAGGGGCGUUUGCACCUGCAUCAACCUCGUACCCUACCCAAUUAUUGAUGGCAAACCCAGGCCCGCACUUUCCAGCAGUCGGAUCAAGCUCUGGUGCUCCUCCGAUGUUGUACCAAGCUUCACAGCAGAUGGCACAAUAUGGCACAGCCCCUACUGCUCUGCCUCAUGCAGCCUUGUCUGGCGAACCGAUGUACUUCCCAAAAUGA